AUGUUGUCUUAUGAGAAUCGUUCCUCAAAUAUGGCUCAACCAACGCCAGCCAUGCCAGAUCAUUUGCCCAUAUCAACUUCGUCGUCUUCAAAUUCAUUGACAAAUGGCUCAUCAAGACAGCCUAAGACAGGCCAUUCUCACAUCUGGUUGAUCACCGGUCCUGCUGGCUGUGGUAAAAGCACAGUGGCUCAAUAUGUCGCCAAAGCUAUGAACUUGCCAUAUAUCGAAGGAGAUGAGUACCACCCGCAGUCGAAUAUUGAUAAAAUGGCCCAAGGCAUACCCCUCAACGAUACCGACCGUUGGGACUGGCUCACCAAACUCCGCGACGAAUCUGUUAAGAGUCUCAACUCGGGUUCCCAAGGCGUUGUCCUCACCUGCUCUGCCCUAAAGCGCAAAUAUCGCGACGUCAUCCGUGUAGCUUCCUACUACGACCACAAGGUCCUCGUUCACUUCGUAUACCUGCAUGCUAGUGAGGAAACAUUACUCGCGAGAGUCGGUGCUCGAAAGGGCCACUUUAUGGGCGCGAAUAUGGUUCACAGUCAAUUUGGCAUUCUCGAACCACCUACAAAAGAUGAGACAGAUGUGAUCCAGGUAGAUGUUAGUGGAUCGUUAGAAGAAGUCGAGCGAGAUGCGUUGGCGAAGAUAAACACGGCGAUAAAGGAAGAAUUGGCUAGAGACUCAUGA